GCCAGCCAACCAUAAUGUUGAUGUGAUUUACUGAUUUACUAGCUGAAAAACAGCCAUCCGCAUUUCUUUCUUUCGAUGAUUAAGUUGAAACGAUUCAAACAAGAAUGACAAAUUCAACCACAACAAAAAUUGAACCAGGACCAUUACGAUCAAGUCAACGAUUUCAUCGUUUUGGUAAUCAAUCAUUUCGUCGUUUAGCAAAACGUUCAGCUGAUAUCGGAUUGACAUUCGUCGAUGAUCAAUUUAAACAAAAUGAUCGUCAAAUUUAUCAAACAUCUGCAUUUCGUUCACGUUUUAACAUCAGUAAAGCUGUUUGGAAACGACCAAAACAAUUAUUGCAUGAAAAUGAUUUCAAUUUUGAACCAACAUUAUUACCUAUGAUUAAAACUGAACAUAAUCAUUUGUUUGUUGGUCAUUCACCAAAUCCAUGGUUAGUUGCAGCAGCAUUAUCCAUAUCACAACAUCGAUCAUUAUUCGAUCAAUUAAUCAAUGUUGAUGAACAAAAUUUUCGUGAUCAUGGUAUUGUACGUUUUACUAUAUGGCAAUUAGGCGUUUGGCAUAAAAUUGUUAUCGAUGAUCGUCUACCAUCAAUUGAUUCAGAACCAAUAUUCACACGACCAAUAUGGUCAAAUUCAUCAUGGUGGUUACCAUUAUUGGAAAAAGCAUAUGCAAAACUUUUCGGUUCAUAUGAAUCAAUGAUAACAAAUGGUUCAUUACAUAGUGCAUUAAUUGAUUUUACUGGUGGUGGUUCAGUUGAAACGAUUGAUCUUUCUAGUUAUCAUUCGGAUUCUGGUCAUUCUGGUCAUCAUCAUUCAAAUUCAAAUUCCGACCAUUCAUUAUGGUCGCUAAUUAGCCAUGAAUUUCAAUCAAAAUCAUUAUUAAUUCUUAAAACAAAGGAAUUCAAACCAAUAGGUUCGGCACCAUUCGGCUUGGUUUCAAAUCGUUAUUACCUAAUUCGAAACAUUAAAAAACCAAUGGGAACAUUGAAAAGAUUAUUAUCAUCCAAAUCAUCUACCACUACUACCAAAUCUUCAUCAGAUCAUCAACAAGAUAAUCUUCCAUUAUUAAUAACAAAUACCAUCGCGGAUGGUGUUAAAAAUUCCAAAUCAACAACAACAUUAUCAUUGAAUUCGAAAAAAGGUCUGCAAGAAUUUUGGAUACUUUUAAAUAAUGUACCAAAUUUAUUUGAUACAUUAACCAUUUGUCGACCAUAUCAAUAUCGAAAAGAUUCUAUUCAUCAGCUGAUUGUUAAUAAAUCCUUCAAAGUUGGUGUUGGUGGUGAUUCAUCAAGUUUACAAUUUCGUUUCGAUGUUCAUCGUCCAAUGUCCAGCUCUUCUGCCACAAAUCAUCAUCAUCAUCAUUCAUCAACAGUGGUCGAAUCCGAUGAUCAAGAUUCGAACCAUCAACCAAAUCAUGAUGAACAUUUGCAUAUAAAUUUUAAUUUAAUACAAAAAAAUUCACCAAUCAUACCGAUUGGUUUUCGUUUAUAUUCCAUUGAAAUGAAUCGUAAAUUUAAAGUACAUCAAUUUUCAUCGCUACCAUUAAUCAAACAAAUUGAUCCUAUACAAUCAAGAAAUUUGAUUACAAAAAUAUCCAUACCAUUAAUAAAUGGACGUUAUCUUCUCGUUCCGAUUUGUCCAGAAAUAUCAACACUGUUAAUAUCAAUAUAUUCAGAAUAUGUUACUGAAUUUCGACAAUUAACAAUGGAUAUGCCACGUUAUCAUAAUCAUUUACCAUUAUUAUUAUCAUCAUGGAUGCAACCAAUUUAUCCAAAUGCAAUGACACGAGUACAAGUUUUUGGUGUUGAAGGUCUACACAGAGAAAAAUAAUUUAGGCUUUUUUAACUUUUUUUGACUAUUUUUGUGGAAAUAGCGCGAUCACGUGAGGCAAUUUUCAAAAUUUUCACUCGAGUGUCGUCUGUUGUAACCAAUUGAAUACAAAAACUGUUGAAAUAGCGAAAAAAUCAUUAAAAUUUGAAAAAUUUUUAAAGUCCAAAUUGCAAUUUGAA